UUCACUAGGCACCACUAGGCCACUAAAUAAAUAAAAACAAAGUUCUGUUUGUUCAACUCGAGUCGGGGAAAGUGUUUGAAUAAUAUCCCCUGCCGUAUAUAUCAAGUGAAAACGCCUGCCAGCAGCGCAUUAAUUUAUAAAUAAAUAUAAUAAAUAUGUUCUGGCGAGUGUGAGUGAACAGCAUCGAUAAAAAGCUUCCGAAGAAUUUUUCGGAGGCGAACCGUGAAAACAGAUUGGCUAAUUAUCUCCGCCGAAAACCCAGGAAGCCGAAGAACUUUCAGCCCCCAAAAUCGAAUCGUUGAUCAUUCCAACUCAAUCGCUCUUCGCCCUUCGCUCCGAGAAUCCCUUGGCAUUGAUUGUUGACACUCUCGCCGCAAAGAUAUGCAAAUGGGAAUAUGCGAAUAUCUUGCGCACACACGAGUUGUAAAUUAAAUUUCCAAGCUUAAAGUGUCGACGACGCCGGCCGGGAGCCAGGACAAAGGAGUGGUGACGACCAGGUGCUCGUGACCCCUGACCCGUGACCGAAACAGGGACGAAUAUUAAGUGCCCGACCCGUGGCCGCAGAAUUGAUGUUCCUGCGACAGCUUCCCGGCAGCCAGCUAAAUGUUACGGGUUCCCGAGUAGGAGUAGUUGGCUUGCGGGCAGUCGCGUAAUCGAGGAGGUGGGCCAAUAGAUCCCCAGCAGCCAUGAGUGGGGCAGCGGUCGCCCGGCUGCUCCUCCGGCUGGAGCUGCCCUCGCCGGGGGUGAUGCCUCCGCCGCCGACGGACUACGACUACGGAGGGCCGAUCAGCGAGGACGAGUUCCUGGCCAGUGCGGUGGCCACCGAGGGGCCGGCGACGGUGCGCUACGACCUGUUCCCGCCGGCGAACCACAGCCUGAUCCACGGGAUCUUCAACCACACGGAGGUGCAGACGGACCUGCAGUACCCGCACUACGAGGACCUCGACCCCGACAUCGAUCCCAACUGGACGCGGAUCUGCGAGGACGUGUACAACCCCCUGCUGGAGAACAACCGCGUCGAGUUCUGGGUGUGCGGCGUGCUGAUCAACAUCGUGGGCCUGCUCGGCAUCCUGGGCAACAUCAUCUCGAUGAUCAUCCUGUCGCGGCCGCAGAUGCGCUCCAGCAUCAACUACCUGCUCACGGGGCUGGCCCGCUGCGACACCCUGCUGCUGGUGACCUCGAUCCUGCUGUUCGGCAUCCCCUCCAUCUACCCGUACACGGGCUACCUGUUCGGCUACUACAACUAUGUGUACCCGUUCAUCUCGCCGGCGGUCUUCCCCAUCGGCUUGAUCGCCCAGACGGCCAGCAUCUACAUGACCUUCACGGUGACCCUCGAGCGGUACGUGGCCGUCUGCCACCCGCUGAAGGCGCGCGCCCUCUGCACCUACGGCCGCGCCAAGAUCUACUUCAUCGUGUGCGUCUGCUUCUCGCUGGCCUACAACAUGCCGCGCUUCUGGGAGGUGCUGACCAUCACCUACGUGGAGCCCGGCACGGAGCGGGUGCUCCACUGCGUGCGGCCGUCGCGGCUGCGGCGCUCGGAGGCGUACAUCAACAUCUACAUCCACUGGUGCUACCUGAUCGUGAACUACAUCAUCCCCUUCCUCACGCUGGCCAUCCUCAACUGCCUGAUCUACCGGCAGGUGAAGCGGGCCAACCGGGAGCGCCAGCGGCUGUCGCGGUCCGAGAAGAGGGAGAUCGGGCUGGCCACCAUGCUGCUGUGCGUGGUGGUCGUGUUCUUCAUGCUCAACUUCCUGCCGCUGGUGCUGAACAUAUCGGAGGCCUUCUACAGCACGAUCGACCACAAGAUCACCAAGAUCUCGAACCUGCUCAUCACGAUCAACAGCAGCGUCAACUUCCUCAUCUACAUCAUCUUCGGCGAGAAGUUCAAGCGCAUUUUUUUACUCAUUUUUUUCAAGCGCCGCCUGAGUCGUGACCAGCCGGAUCUCAUCCACUACGAGAGCUCCAUCUCGAACAACGGCGACGGCACGCUGAACCACCGCUCCUCCGGCCGCUUCUCGCGGCACGGCACCCAGCGGAGCACCACCACCACCUACCUGGUGGCCACCGGGGGCCCCACCACCGGCAGUCUGUGCGCUGGUGGCGCUGGCAAUAACUCCCUGAACAACGUGCGGCUCACCCAGGUGUCGGGGUCGGGGUCCGGGUCGCCGGGCCUGGUCAAGAUCAAGCGCAACCGGGCGCCCUCGCCCGGCCCGGUGGUCUACUUCCCCGCCCGCGAAAUGCAGCGAUCUGCCUCCACCACGAACUCCUCCACCAACAACAACACCUCCAUCGGCUACGACUGGACGCUGCCGGACAGCAAGAAGCUGGGCCACGUCUCCUCCGGGUUCUGAUUGCGAAUCUGAAUCUGAAUCUGAUGCUCAUGAGGAGGGGUGCUCGAAGGGAGUGGGUCGAAGUGCAGGGUUAGUCUAGUCCACUAGUCAUGUAAAUAGGAAUAGCACAAGUAACCAGCCAGCUGCGGUCUAAAUAAUGGAUGGGGAACCUCUGAAAUAUUUCAAAAAUAUUUAUAUUUAUAUCCAGCAUUACCUCCUUAGUUUUUUUCAAGGGUUACCCCCAAGACACUGCUAUUAUUUCGACCGCAGCUGUCACAACCAACUACUAAACUGUUAAACUGUACAGAAGGCGUAAACUAGGCGCUCCAAGCGUUGCGUUUCUUUGUGAUAAGCGUUAAGUGUUUCCCCCCGACUUCUCCACUACUCCUCCAAAGAACUUUACUCGUUGACGUAGCUCCUAAAAAGUUAGUUUCACAGGCGAUCGGGCUGAGGAGAACUAGUUUCUUAGACUGAGAAUUGAAUACUGCUUUCCCGAGUUCACUUGCUCACUUGCGCCCUUUCAAUCAAUUGAAUUUGUAUCAAUUUCACACUGCAUUACGCCCCGCAACUUUUUCGAACCCAAUAUCGCCUCGCUUUUCACUGGCCUUUGGCCCAAGUUUUAUUUAUUAGCGGAAACUUUGGCCGAAUUUAAUUAAUAUCCUUUACAGCGCAUUUCUCGGCCGAACUUGAUGAAUGAUUUUCCUUUUCCUCGGCUGAUUUGGGUUUCCCGAACUUUUCGAUUCGCCCCACACUUUCCUCGGAAACUGUUGUUCUUUGGGUCAAAAAAUAAGAAGGUCGGCAAUCUGUCAACUUGUCAGAAAGUUUUAAAAACGCCGCUCAAAGUUCAGUCAGCUCAAAAGUUUGCCAGCAUAAUUUAGUCAGCCAAAAAGUCGAGUAGCUCAAUUUAACAGCAACUGCAACAAUAAUAAACAACAAAAGAAAAGACAUUUUCAGGUGUUCACAAGGGAAUUAUUUGUCCUGCUCCUUGGCCCUCAAAAAAAAAAUAAAAAUAAUCCCCGCUAUGGUGUAAAUAAGUUACAUGUAAGAGUUCUGUAAAUAUUUACAAGUUAGCAAGUAUGCAAAGCAUAAACGAAACCCAAUAAAUUGAACUUUAGACUUCUAUUCUGAGUACCGAAGUCCAGGAGAGGGAGUCAUAAAUGGCAGUUUAUGAGUGUUUGAUGGGUGAUUUAUGAGUAGGAAUGAAUACAACACUCUCACGAGUGCGCCUGCUUCAUUGUCGAUAAAUUUGAUAAUUUACUAGACAUCCAAUUGAAUGCUCAAAGAAAAGAUUUAUAAAUCCCCCAUCACUCUGCUUGAAAACACCGAUUUAGAAUCCUCUUCUCCCUACGGAAAAAUAUACCCUAAUUACUUAGAUCUAGCGUAGCUUUAAUAUUGUAUAGAAAUAGCAAAUACGUAAUCGAAACUAAAAUAAACGAAUUCAACGAUUGUGCAAAUAAAUGAUGAUGAGA